CUCUGUGAAGCGGGCGGUGCCGUUUUUCUACAUCCGCUGUGUCCGAACCUUCCCCGAGCGGCGGACGAAGAAUGGAGAGAGGCGCUAACAGUCGCUAGCGCCGAACACCAGCAACAAGAAGAGGCGCAGAAAAUUUCACAUGAAGCCCCGGUGUCCGUCCGCGUCUGACGUGACUCACAUCCGAGCUGUGCCCUGCUCUCCUGGAUCUACUGCCCUGGAAGGUCUUCACCUUCUUUCCGUGGCAAAUGUUGGGGCCUGUCGAAGAUUAAAGGUGACAGGGUGUGGAUUAACUGCUCUAGCUUCUGGCCUAUGAGAGUGACUGCGCCAGCCAGGUGCCACCAGUAACCAGGACUGUGGCUGCAGUGGUGGGCCCGGCCCAGGAGGCCGUUUUGAACAUCGCUCCAGGCUYGUGCUGCACACACCAUGGACCCGCAAAGAGAGAAAUAUGGUGAGCGGCCAACAAGAAGCGGCAAAGUUUCCCAGGGAAGCCGAAGUGGACACUCGUCCCGACCGUCUGGCUCCUCGAGCACCUCUGGGGUCCUCAUGGUGGGACCGAAUUUUCGUGUGGGGAAGAAGAUUGGUUGUGGAAACUUUGGUGAAUUGAAGCUGGGUAAGAAUCUCUACACAAACGAGUAUGUAGCUAUUAAACUGGAACCAGUGAAGUCGAGGGCCCCACAGCUACAUUUGGAAUACCGGUUCUACAAAAGCCUCGGAACCACAGCAGAGGGAGUGCCUCAGGUGUAUUACUUUGGGCCAUGUGGGAAAUACAACGCCAUGGUCAUGGAGCUGCUAGGCCCAAGUCUAGAAGACCUCUUUGAUCUUUGUGCCAGGACCUUUUCAUUAAAGACGACCCUGAUGAUAGCAAUCCAGCUGAUUUCAAGAAUGGAGUAUGUGCACUCAAAAAAUCUCAUCUAUCGGGAUGUCAAGCCUGAAAACUUUCUCAUCGGACGGCAAGGAAAUAACAAGGAGCACAUCAUCCACAUCAUUGACUUUGGCCUGGCCAAAGAGUACAUAGACCCUGAGACCAAAAAACACAUUCCGUACCGGGAGCACAAGAGCCUGACUGGUACUGCCAGAUACAUGUCCAUUAAUACACACUUAGGCAAAGAGCAAAGUCGACGAGAUGACCUAGAGGCCUUAGGGCACAUGUUCAUGUAUUUCCUUCGUGGGACUCUACCUUGGCAAGGACUAAAGGCUGACACUUUGAAAGAAAGAUACCAGAAGAUUGGAGACACAAAACGAAACACUCCCAUUGAGGUCCUCUGCGAGGACGUUCCAGAGGAAAUGGCUACCUAUUUGCGGUAUGUGAGACGGUUAGACUUUUUUGAAAAGCCUGACUAUGAAUACCUGAGGACUCUGUUUACUGAGCUCUUUGAGAGGAAAGGAUACACCUUUGACUACACUUACGACUGGGUUGGGAAGCCUAUACCCACACCAGUGGGGUCUGUUCAUAUAGAUUCUGGUGCUUCUGGUGUCACAAGAGACAGCCAUCCUGCUCGGGACAGACCGGCACAGCACCAACCAAUAAGAAAUCAGACAGCAGUCUCAGAUCGACGAGGAGCAUGGGAGGUGCAGCCCACACGGCAGGCAAACUCGUCCUAUCUGACCUCCCACCUGGCAGCGGACAGGCACGGGGGCUCAGUGCAGGUGGUCAGUUCAACAAACGGGGAGCUGAAUGCAGACGAUCCUCUGGCUCAUUCCAACGCUCCGAUAACAACUCAGGCAGAGGUGGAAGUGGUCGACGAGGCCAACUGCGUGAAAAUGCUCAACCUGUGGUGCUGCUGUUUCUUCAGGCGAAAACGAAAGAAGAACACGCCGAGGCACAAUUGAUGACCCCGCCCCCCUCGCUCCUGCACCAGACUGAGAAGUUCCUCACGUUGGGCUCAGUCGACUGUGGUUUCAGAAAUCAAGACGGCCUCUUUCAGAGGUACAGAGGGGGUCUCAGCUGAAAGAUCUGGACUGAGUUGUUCUCUGGGACCAGGAGAAAAGGCUUUGAGUUGGAAAAGACUCGUGUCAUUUUGACGGGCGUCCUUUGAAUUUUAUUUUCUCCUCCUCCGCUGAAUUCUGUGAGGACGUUUUACCCGUCAGUCAACCAAACUAGGAGCCGUCUUGAAAAAGUUUGGCUGAGGAAAGUUUUUUUCUUCUCCACAACCAGAACUUUUUUUCCUCAUCUUUUUUUUUUUUUGUUCCAGUGUCUCCUCUAGGAAGUGACAGAUCUUCCCGUGGAGUCUUGCCCACCUUCAACCUGUUCAGUGCCGUUUUUUUUUUUGUUGUUGUUGUUGUUUAUUUGUUCUUUACUCACUUCCCUCCUCGUGGAUCUCACAUCCCGUCUCGUUGCCUGUUGACGUGCCGACUCGUUUAGACACGACGCCUCUCUGGGUCGUUCCUGACGCAGGGCUGAAUGUAAACCUGACCACGUGAGAAGGCGAGGCGUGGACCCGCCCUCUGCUCACACACAGACCACCCGUCUGCCCCCCUGCACUUUUUUUUUUGUUUGUUUGUUUUGUUGUUGUUUUUCUCCCUCGCAGAGGUCAACGGCGGCGCUGUGAUUUGAGCCUUUGAUCCGGGCCGACCGGCGGCGUCUCCCACACUGUGCUCCUGGAGGAUUAUUUCUGCUUCAUCACAGCCCGACCUGUAACCAUGAAACACACUACGUUCUCUUUUUACUCUCCUGUACUUCUGCUCCUGUUGUCUUUGUGAAAAUGAGCAGCAUUCUGACACUUGUAGACGGGGCUGGGAAACAAACAAACAAAAACAAAAAAAAAGAUAUUUAUGCUAUUUAUCACUUGGUUGCCACUAGUUUUCUUACUAAUUCUUAAUUUUACACAYUGAAUGUAUGAACAGAAAAAUAAAUUGCUUUGGAGCAUUUUAGAAUAUGUGCAUGGGAAGGAAGUUAAAAUUGACUAUUUGAAAAAGACGAGACCAAAACGAAGUGGGUUUAUAAACGAUUAGGAUGGUCUUAAAUGUCUAAAUGUCCUUCAUCUUAAUAAGUGGACUUUUUGGACACGUCUGUCCAACGCCUUAACCCUGCUCAACCAACGAAUGACCACUGCAUUUUGUCCCCAGGACAACACGUUUAGCAGCCCAGUUGUGUGUGGAGUGUGUGCGUGUUUGUAUGUAUUUUGGGGGGUGGGGGGGUCAUAAAAUAAUCCAAAGUCCAGACUGUUUGCAGCAUCCCUCCCCAAACAUAUUUACACGUACCCCACAAGAAGCCAAAUGACAGGUGUGUGUAGCUGUUUGAGAUGUCCCCCUCCUCCUACAUGUGAAUACACCCCCCACCCCCACAAGAGUUUUUCUAACGAGCAGAAGCAUCAGUGUGUGUGUGUGUGUGUGGGGGGGGGGGGUCUGCCUUCAAACAAAACCCCUUCAUCUGGAGCCUGCUUUCUGUGUUAAUGUGAAUGUGAUGCAAAGGUCCCCCCCACGUUCCAAUUAGCCAUGUUUUUGUUGUUGUUAUUUUGGGGUGGGGAAGAGAGGGUAAACAAAAAAAGCUUGAUCAUUACUGCACUACAUUUGUUCACCCCAGCUGUCCCUAAUGAGACCCUGCCUUCUUAAAACUGGACUUUAAUGUGCUUUUGACUUUAUUUUAUGUUGCCUCGUGUUCCAGGCCGUCCCUGUAGAGAGCAGGGAGCACGCUUCAUCUUCACCUGCUGUUUGUGUGGUUGCUUUGGUGCCAUUAUCCACUCCAUCCCUUUUACCUCCACACACACACACACACAGAUUUGGUGUUUUGUGGACCUUCAUUAGAAUGUCUUAUACGUGCAGUGAGUCAGUAUAUAAAACUGCUUCUUGUGUGUAUUUACACUGUAUAGCCUUUUGACUUGUUGUUUUCCUCCCUGCCCUCAACAUGUUGGUUUCUUUGAGGCCUAAGUUAUUGUGUUAUCAAAAGUACUUGAAUUGAAAAUCUAUAGGAUCUUUUGUUUUGUGUGUUGUUCUGUUCAGAGUAAUUCCACAGUUUUGAGGGGAAUGAUGGGUUGACAGGCUGUUUGAAUGACAGAUGUUCAUUUUAGCCACUUCUAGUGCAGCAGGUGGAAAUGACCAAACCAGGGUGGAGUUGUCCCAGAGCUGCAGGUCGAUGUUUGUUUGAGUCGUCUUGAAGACUUCUAAUCAAACACGGAGCAUCAGGGUCAGCCGGACACAUGGAUAUCAAGAUGAAAUAGCCUUUGAUGCCCCCCCGCCCCAUCCCCCCAUCCCAGUGCCAUUUCUAAGACUACUGCUAAGCCCAUGCCUUUUACCCGUGCCAGGAAACUCUCGAGAUGAAUGUUGCAUGUUUUUGUGUUUUUCUCCACUCCACCUGGUGUCCUGGACACGUCGGGUCUGGUUUUGUUCAGCACGGCUCAGUGCCGUACCAGGCAGUGUUGCAGAUCGUCACUGAAAGUGUUUAAAGAGCUCUUCCUGUUUGUCUCCUGCUUUUACCAGUCAGAACCCUCCCCCCACAGAGAGAACAACCAUCUCUUCUGGAGCGAGCUUGUUGGGUUUGUGGCGACUCGUCUCGUUCUGUAGCUUCUGGCUGAGCUGGUCUAUAUAGAUAGAUCUAUUACUCUGACGUAUUUACUUUUAAGUGUGAGCGUCACAGAGUGGUAUAGGAGCACUCUGGCCCAUGUGUAUCUGCAUGUCUUACCUGGAGAGGGCAAGUGGUCCCUCAGGCUGUUGGAUCAGUGGGACCAUGUGACUUCACUCCUCAUUUAAAGUCUUUUAGCCACACAUUUCAUUCCACUUCAUUUCAGUCAGGUGUGUGUGUGUGUGUGUGUGUGUGUGUGUGUGUGUGUGUGUGUCAGCUGUGUAAAGCAAAGGACCGCUGAAGUGUGACUGAACAGCUUUUUUUAAAAGUCUUUUUGGGUUCUCUGGCACUUUUUCCCCUUGUUGCUGUACUGUAGAAUUGUUUGAUUUACUGUAUAUUUUUCUUUGAGGGAGAGGUGUAGGGUGAUAAUAUUACUGCAAUAUUGUGAUGAUUAUUUGAACUGUAAAUUGUACAGAGUUCACAGUUGUGGUCUUUGUUGGGAAUUUCUAUAAAAGAAGUAUUCUCAGAUUUUUUUUGUUUGUUUGUUUGUUUGUUUUCUCCGACUGUGGAAAUCAAAUUGUACAGCUCCAAGAAUCUAUCCUCCCCUCUGCAUUUUUUAGAGCUCUGAUUUAAGAGAAAUCCUUAAACUGUAAAUAAAUGUUGUUGUGUUGAAAUAUGAAUGUCACUUCAACAUUGUAUUUGAAUGAUGAGUUAGUCAAGGGCUUCAAGAAUGAAGGACCCACUUUUUUUUCUUUUGUUUUUAUGGUUUCAUAGUUUUAAUUUGCAGGAAGAUAAAAAAAAUCCUUUUUAUCUGAGAUGACUGUUCUUUUUUUUUCAUGGAUUUAUAUAAUACAGUGUCUCCCACAUGAACCUGACACAAAUCAAUUUUUAUUCCCUCCACACCAAAAGGGAAAAGUCAAAUUUGCACCCUUUUUAUGUAAAAUAAAAGAUCUCUCCACCUUU